GCUUUACCCUCCAAAGAGAGAGACGUAGAAGACUGGAGAAGGACGACCGAAAAGCACUUCCAUAGUUUCUAAAUCCCUAAUAAACUCUCAUCCAAACGCGGCCUUAGUUCCCCCCUCUAUAUGCAUAAACACAUCAAAUACAGCCCAUAUUUUCCACACAAAAAUAUCUCUUCGCUAAUUUAUUUACUACCAUCUCUCCGGAGCAAAAUUGGACUCAUAAAACCCACAAACACUGAGAAUCCGACCUCCAAAAAAUUACUUCAAGUUCUUCCAUGGCGAGGCCUAAUCAGGAAGCGAUCGAGACCUUCAUCAGCAUCACCGGCGCUUCCGAAGCCAUAGCCGUGCAAAAGCUCGAGGAGCAUGGUGGCGAUCUCAAUGCAGCUGCAAAUGCAUACUUUACUGAAGGAGAUAGAAGCACAUCGGUGAAUGUGCAUGAUACACCUGUUUCAGCUCAAGACGAUUUUAUGGAUAUCGAUGAUCCGGUUCCUGUUCGAUCUCGGAGAGAUCCUUUAUCGCUUCCAUCUGCAACUGGUGAUGUGAAUCCCUUUUCUAUUCUUAUUCCAGAUUUUGGUAGAACCAUAUUUGAUAGUGGUACACAUUUUACAAACCGUACACCAUUUGUUACUCAUCCAAGAGAGGUGAGGGAGAUCCCCAUUGAAGUCAAAGAUGGCGAUCAUCCAUCUGGCCAUUCUGGCCAUGCUCCUAUCAUUGAUGAUGUCACUGGAACAGAGGAGGCAGAUGGCCCAGGUAUCCCUGGCACUGUUAUAAUCGAUGAGGAAGAUGAUGACGAUAUUCAAGCUGCCCCAGCUGUUCAGGCUGGGCAAAGGAGUGGACCGCAAGAUAUCUCUUCAGGUGAUGGAUAUCAUCACCGAAAUUUUGGAUCUAGUGCUCCUCGAUUUGAUGAUCCGCAGGAUUAUAGCAAUGAUAUUGAAGAAGAAAUGAUUCGAGCUGCAAUCGAGGCUUCAAAACAGGAAGUUGAAGAAAACCAACCAAAUCAACAAUUUGGUGCUCCAAAUUUUGAUGAAAAUGAACCUCAGCAAAGGCCACCUCAGCUAGAGGAUCCUGAACUUGCACAUGCAGUUUCAUUGUCACUGAAGACAGCAGAGCAAGAGAAAGCAUUGCAUGGCCAGGGACAAAAUGUUGGCGUAUCAUAUAUUGGGGCUUCUAAGGCAGCAGAGGUGGAGCUGGAAAAUUUAGCAGCAUCAAAUGGAAGGUUGGAGGCAGGAAGUUCAUCCAUCCAAGAAGAAACUGAAGAUGUGGAGGAGCAGCCUCUUGUCAGACACAGGUCCAGGCGCAUGUCUUCUGGCUCUGUGGAGACUGCAAAAGAAGUUGGAGCUGAUGAGGAUAGUGCACCUUCAAGUCCUGAAGAGCAGGAUAUGGAUAAUCAUCCUAGGCACAAUGGCGGUGACUUCCCUUCAGAUGAGGUAUCUUCCCUUUGGGGAGGAAUUUCUUCAGAGGAGCACGACGAAGCAGUGAUGCUUGAGGCUGCAAUGUUUGGUGGAAUUCCUGAAGGGACUGGAUAUCACCGUCCCUACACACCACAUCAUUUUAUGCGGCCUGACAGUUCAUACGUCCGACCAUCACCUCGUCCUCCUUCACCCUCUCUUACAGCACAGCGGUUGAUACGUGAACAACAGGACGAUGAAUAUCUUGCAUCACUUCAAGCUGACAGAGAAAAAGAAUUGAAGGCUAUUGAGGAAGCUGAAGCUCGUCGUGAAGAAGACAGACUAAAAGAGGAAGAGUCUCGAAGGAAAAUCAAGGAGGAGCAGGAAUUGGAGAGACAAUUAGCAGCAAAAGAAGCUACUCUCCCUCAAGAACCAGCAUCAGAUGAUGAGAAUGCUGUAACCCUACUGGUGCGAAUGCCAGAUGGUAGCCGCCAUGGGCGUCGAUUUCUCAGGACAGACAAGCUGCAGUCUCUUUUCGACUUUAUUGAUAUUGGCAGAAGGGUCAAACCCGGCUCUUACAGAGUGGUGAGGCCAUUCCCCAGGCGCGCUUUUAGCGAUGGAGAAAGUGCAUUGACAUUGAAUGAACUCGGGCUUACCAGCAAACAAGAAGCUUUGUUUUUGGAGUCGAUAUAGCAGGUGGCUCCAAAAUGUAGAAAAGAUAGAACAGUUUCAUUUGAUCCGCGUAUAUUGUUGAACGAAAUCUUGGUUUUCAUUUGGCUUUUGGGGGGUGUUUGGAUAUGAAAUGCUUAAUACAUGGAUUUGAAGACAUGGGCAGAAUCAAAUUUGAAAAGCAGAAUAAUUAUGCUCAUUGUAUGUUUCUAUCAGUGCCGUUAUAGUGAACAAGUUUCCUGGAA